AUGUUGGGGUCAACGGUGCCUCUCGAAACUUUCCCGCCUCCCUUUCCUCUUCCUUCUUCUCUUCCUUCUCCCCUUCCUUCUCCUUUCCCUCCUUUGUCACCAAGAAAACCUUCUGCGCCCCCUCAUCUUCAUUUAAGUGAACAUAAUAAUAAUAAAAUACUUCGGCUGUCUGUAUGUACACCCAAAGAGGAAACAAUAAGUGCAGCAGAAGCAGAAGCUGCAGAAGCAGCAGCAGAAGCAGAAGCUGCAGAAGCAGCAGCAGUAGAAGCAGAGUUGCCGCCUCCACCAGCAAAAGAAGGAAACAGCGAUAAAAGCCCUCCUCCUCCUUCUGCUGAUGCUCCAGAUGCUGCUGCAGUUGCAGCAGCACCUGGAGCAGCAUCUGCAGCAGCAGAUGAAGACGAAAAGAAGAAAACCGGCAUUAUAAAGGGGACUAAAGGGACACAUAUUCCUUAUACAGACAAAGGACUGUUUUAUUUUUCUUCCCCUGAAGGACCUAAAGAACCUGAUUCUCCUUUACAGAAAAAACGAAAGGAAUUCACGGGACUACCUGAUGUGGAUGAGGCAGAAGCAGCGAUGCCUACAGCAGCACUAAGAGGGAAAGCAUUUCUUGCUAAUUGUGUUGCUGUAAGAAAACAAGAAGAGGAGGAGGAAGAAGAAGGAGACCGAUCUGAUGAGGAAGAAACAGUAGCAACAGCAACAGCAGAAGCAGAUCCUGUGCUAGUUGCAGUAUCGAAGUCUUUCUCUGAUGGGAAGAAGGAAGAUAUUAUUGGCUCUGUUGUUACUAUCGAAGAGACAACUCCUUUAGAUGCUUCUUUACCGGUGGGAGCCUCCUCUCGUUCUUUAAGGGUUACUCGUGUAUUAGGGAGGGGAGUAAGUAGUAUAGUAAUAGAAGGAAUAGAUAUAAAAACAGAGGAGGUUUUUGCUAUAAGGGUACAAGUAUUAGAGAGACUUCAGCUGUCGGAGAAACAAACAUGCAAUCUGCUGCAGCAGGCAGCAGCAGCAGAAGAAAGCUGCUUAGUACGUGCAGCAGCAGAUGUAGGUGCUGCUUGUGCAGCGGCAAAGAGAGGGAUAAUGGUACCUCUAUACACUGCAAAGAUGGGGAAGGGAAGUCCUUCUGCAUUCGUAUGGGGGGACUUUGGAUCUAGUGCUCCCUUAGGCGAAGCCCUUGGGGAGCUUACAAGGGUAACCAUGGAUUAUGCAGAGCCGCAGCUGCUGCUAGAUCUAAGUCGCUUUCUUAAUGCGAAGGAUUCUUCUGAUGUUGUAUUUGCUAACAUAAAAAGCGAUCUUUGGUCCUUAGGUGUUGUGCUGUAUGAAUUGUUUACCGAUGGGAAGCUGCCGUAUGCCCUUGCAGGCUUCCCGUUCAAGUUCUUUGUCAGUCGCGCUCCCUUCAUUUAA